AUGGUGAAUUAUUAUUGAAAAAAUGAGUUGCAAUUACUUGUAUCGCUCCGUUUCUCACAGGCUCCCUAAUUUUAUUUGUUAUACCCCAAUUGCCCCUACCAUUUUGAGCCUUAAAUCCCCAUUUUGCCCUUCCCGGCGCCGGCGACACUUGCGUUCAUUUUCCAUUUCCGCCGGCAAUAGCUUCACCUGGGACGACGUUUUCCGAGUACCGGAAUCUCCUCAAAAUGAUGACUCUGCCCUCUCUGGUUUUUUCGAUAAAAUCAAGCUCUGUAAUCGCGAUUUGGAGAAGCAAUGUGAGUUCAUGCCUUUCGUGAUUGAGGACCAAAUAAUUGGCUACGUUCACCAUCGGUUUGCUGAUUUUCUGAAGCCAUUUCAGAAUGUAUUCAUUUUCCCACAAGAUAAUACCUAUGGUAGUCAUUUUGAAUGUUACUGCACUUUACAUCCAAACCUGAGUACACCUAACGAUCGAACCAAAGCUGUAGCCAAUGUCGUUAAGUCUUUGGGCGAACUGAUCCCCGGCAUAAGAAAUGAGUUGUUUCCGGUUGCUUCAGCUUUUGGGGAACAAAUAUUUUUUUCACUGGAACGAGCUGCUGCACCGUACUUUGGGAUAAAGGCGUAUGGAGUUCAUAUGAAUGGCUAUCUUGAGAAAGAUGGGCAGGAAUAUCUAUGGCUAGGAAAGAGAAGUGAACAAAAAGCCACCUAUCCUGGAAUGCUUGAUCAUUUAGUCGCUGGGGGAUUGCCACAUGAUAUUUCUUGUGGAGAAAAUCUUAUUAAGGAAUGUGAAGAGGAGGCAGGGAUACCAAGAUCUAUUUCCCAUACAGCUAGGCCAGUUGGAGCUGUGUCCUACAUUGACAUAGAAGGGUAUAGGAUGAAGAGAGAUGUCCUCUUUUGUUAUGAUCUUAAGCUUCCUGACAGCUUCAUUCCUCAUAACGAGGAUGGGGAGGUAGAAAGCUUUCAAUUGGUCCCAGUCACAAAAGUUGCAAAUAUCAUCCGAAACACAUCGUUCUUCAAAGCAAACUGCAAUCUUGUCAUUACUGAUUUCCUUUUCCGGCAUGGGCACAUCAGACCAGAAGUGUUUGGGUACCUGAAGCUACUGCAGAGUUUGAGAAGUGGACAUUGCUCCUAAGUAUAAUUGUAAAUUAUAUUGAUGGUUGCACUUGAGGUAGAAGAGAACACCACACAAGGAAACAAUUUAUUUACUUUUUAAAAAAUGCAUUAUUUCAUACACAAGUACAAUAGGAAGUAUUUCAUAACUAAUGUCUUGCACAAAUUCAGUAUACAAUUUGAUGGAAUACUCAUAAAUGAAAAAAAAAAAAUUAAAUUUCCUA